GUGUGCUCUGAGACUUGAUGGUGGAAGCUUGCGCCGCUACACCUCUGUGCUUUACUGCGUUACUAAUAUCUUGUGAUGUGUGUUAUAGUGCUUUUGGUAGAGAUGAGAGUGGAGUGUGUAACCAGAAGAAUUUAAUAUUGUGAUUGUGCACUAGAGGCUUACAUGUGUGGUGGGGAAAGGGGGUCGUGCGCGCCCUCCCUCUCCCAAAAUCGUGGCCAUGUUGUGCGAGUGGCGGAAGUGUGGGCAGGCCAGUCAAGCCUUGUGUCUUCCCUCUACCUCCCUCCCCUCCACUCACUCCUACCUAGAAAGGCUCUCGCACGCCCCGGUGAGCCAGAUGUGGCGUGGAGCACUAGGCCUAGGGCGGUGGUGGUAUGGCAUGGGGCGGGCGGUGGGAGAGCUACGCAGGCCCACCACACCAUCAUCAUCACCACCCACCACCACCACGCUGGCCCGCCCAUCACCUCAGCUCUACCACGUUGCUGGGGUGCUUAAGUUCUCCCCGUAUACUGGCGCUGUAUAUUACUAGUGUGGUGAUGAACAUCUCACUACACCAUAACACUACCAAUAAUGCAGGCAAAUGGUGGCGCGAAGUAUACAGGAAACACUUCGAGCCGUGGUGACCAUACCUGAAGACGUACACUCUGUCCUGGAGAUAAUGACAUCACUCUCCUCUAAUGAUGAGGCUGCAGUGCGGACAGAGCUGAUGGAGCAGGUGCCUCAAAUUGCAGUCCUGUGCCAUGAGUACCCAGACAAUUUAGGGGGUGUUGUGGCAAAUAAUUUGGUUCCUAUGGUUGUCAAGUAUCUUACUGACCCAAACAAUCAGGUUCGGAAAACAUCUCAGGCAGCACUCUUAGUGUUGCUAGAACAGGAAUUAGUUAGCCGAGAAGAUGUGCAUGAUCAAGUGUGUCCUGUCAUACUUCGUCUCACUAGCACAGAUGCUAUGGAUGACUUCAAAACGGAAGCAGUAGCGCUCAUGUCCAAGAUGGCACCACUGAUUGGGAGAGAGAUGACGGAACGACUUUUCUUGGAGAGGUUCACCUGCCUUUGCUCAGAUGCGCUCUUUCAAGUGCGCAAAGUUUGCGCGUCCAACUUUGGUGACUUCUGUAGUGUAGUUGGUACUCAUCCUACAGAAGAUAUACUGGUAUCUCGGUUUAUGAACCUAUGUGAGGACGGUGUAUGGGGUGUAAGAAAGGCUUGUGCUGAGGUCUUCAUGGGUGUGUCCUGCGCUUGCUCACUACCUACUAGAAAAAAUAUGCUCUCACCUGUCUUCGUAUCUUUACUAACUGACCAGAGCAGAUGGGUGCGGGUAGCAGCUUUCCAAAAUUUAGGUCCUUUUAUCAGUACUUUUGCUGAUGCAAGUGUUACGGGUCUCCACUACAACGAAGAUGGUGUCCUUGUCAUCGGUGCCCCACAGGACCCUGCCACCUAUAACCAAGAGUUGAAUGCUGAUACAGUAGUAAUAGCAGAUAGAGGAGACAGUAACAGUGAAGAUGACCAGCUUGAACAAGAAAACACAGCAGCACAUGUUCACAUCUCACAUAGUGAAAAACAAGAAAGUUAUCAAAAUGAAGAGGCAGGUGUAUGUGAUGAAGGUGGAGGGAAAUUUCAAGUAAGCAAAUUGGAGGCAGAACCAAUGGAAGUGGAGGAAUCUUUCAAUAUGAGUGAUAGUAAAGUUCCUCUAGUUAAUGUAAAUAAAGACCAAAGUGCCGAGGAGAAAAGGGCAGAAGUUUACUUGUCAUGCAGUGUUCAUCCUAAGCCACCAGAGAGUCAGGUCAAGCCUGUAGUCAGUACCUCACAACCAUCAGCAGUGACUUCUCAACACACUAGUGAUUCACAUAUUGUUACUAAUGAGCCAGAUAAAAGUGUACAUAGCCCAGUAAGUGCCACACCUCCAAACACACUUCCUAGCCCCAUGAAUGGUGUUCAGUCACAGAGUAAUUCAUUGACUGUAUCAGGCACUGAGGGUCACCUCCAUGUUCACUUGGACAAUAAUCCUGCUUUUAACACUUUCAACUACUGGCGAACACCUAUCAUGCCAGUUGAACUACCUAUUCCAAAAAUUGAGGUUGACAUUGACAUAAUGGGGCAAACAACAAAUGUGUGUGUUAAAGCAAAAGUUCAGGAAAAUAAUGGCACUUACCAGUCUCAGGUGAAUCUAACUAUGGCUACAAACUCCACAAAUCCAAAUAUCACUCUUGCAUCUGGUGCUCAUGACAAGCAGAGAGCAGCUAAGGAGCCUGUCAGCACCAUUGAGGCUGAGUUAGAUGCAUUGGCAGCUUCUCUGGAGGGAGUGUCUACAUUUGAAAGAAGUACAUAUAAUAGUACAAAUAAGGAGAGUGAGAGUAAAGAUGUAGUGAAGGUGAGUAGUCGACAGCCUCAACAAGCCACAUAUGCCCAAGUGUGUGCUGCAUCAGUUACGUCAGUUCAACAAAAAAAUGAACCUCAACCAUCUAUAUUAGCUUCACGUCUCACUCAAGCUCAGGUCAGUAUGUCUGGUGGCACAGUGACAGAGAUCAAGAAACGAGAGAUGGAUGUGGUGUCCCCAAGUGACUGUAGUAUGAGCAUACCAAGUACGAGGCCAAGUCUGCCUUCACAACCAUCAUUGCCUUCACAGCCACCACUGCUCUCUCAAAGAAUUAUGGAUCCAUUUACCGUGAUGCUUCCUGGAAGUAGUGACCAUAUGUCUUCUAUGUCUGAACAUUCUUCUGGCUCAACAGAAUUCAUUAAUCUUAACCAGGAUAUUGUUCCCAAGACUUUGUUGGAGCACUACAUCAGCAUGACAGACCCAAUGAGAGCUGAAACAGUUGACAAUGAAUUAACAAGACAUUGUGCUUAUUCACUGCCAGCUGUUGCAUUAACUCUUGGUAGACAAAACUGGUCUGUUUUAAAGGACACUUAUGAAACUUUAGCAGGAGAUGUGCAUUGGAAAGUACGAAGAACCUUAGCCUUCAGUAUACAUGAGCUUGCAGUGAUUCUGGGAGAAGAAAUAGCCCAGAGUGACCUUGUACCUGUAUUCAAUGGAUUUAUCAAGGAUCUUGAUGAAGUUCGCAUUGGUGUGCUGAAACAUCUUGCUCAUUUUCUUCGUCUUCUUCGACCACAAAAUAGGAGAGAUUACCUGCCACGCAUGGAUGAAUUCUUGCGUACUGACAACGAAAACAACUGGCGUUUUAGACUGGAGUUAGCAAUGCAGCUGGCCGAUAUCAUUGAUCUUUUUUCACCUCAAGAUUGCCAGACGUUCAUUGCACCAAUAGCAUUAGCCCUUAUGGCUGAUAAAGUGGUGCAUAUUAGACACACCUGUUAUACUGUAAUGUGUCAGCUUGUGAGGCAGCUAGGCUCAGAGGGUAACCCAAAGUAUGUAGAAACUCUCAGCAAACAGCUGAGAGAGAAGUUUGCUCAUGCUACUACAUGGUCACACCGUCAGUCAUACGCUUUUUUAUGUGGUCAACUUGUUGCCGAGCGAUCAUUGUCUCUCCAAGACUGGUGCCGCCUAUUCCUUCCUGGUCUGCUCACUUUAGCUACUGACAGAGUGCCCAAUGUUCGCAUUGCUGUAGCCAAGAUGCUAAAUACUCAUGUUGCAUGUUUAGAAUACUGCCAGAAUCCUGAAAAUGAAGUAUCACAGAAAGUGCAAGAAGCUCUAGAGUUGUUGCGACAUGACAAAGACAGAGAUGUGGGACACUUUGCUUGCUGCCCAGUGAACACAGAAUUCAUGUUGGAUCCCCAUGACCCAACAUUAUAAUAGUGGUUAUAUUAGCCAUCUAUACUUCCAUAUAGCAUACCUUUGCUUAACUUUGCAAAUUUUGAAGAGUCCUGAAUUUUCAGAGUUGAUUGCAGCAAAUGCAGUUGCAUGUGUUCUCAGAUUGAAGUGGGUGAUUUCAGGACAGGUUUUGUAUUCAUUUCAGAUAGAAAAUGAGCCUUAUAAGCAAAUGAGCAUAUGGUUUCAAAGUGACAAGCAAUUUCACAUUGAAAAUUGCUUAUCUUUGAAUCUUUUCUCAUUUUUUUUAUUGUUAAUUUUUUUUAGGAAAUAUUUAUAACACAUUUUAGUCACCCCCUACUAGUUGGUGCAUAAAUAUUGCCACCAUAGUGACUUUAUCGGGGCAUCAUAGGCUGUGCAAUAUGGUGGUGACUUCUUAACAUCACAUCUUGCACACUUAUUCCAAUAUGUCCAUUUAUCAUUUUAUCACCAAAUUGGCAGGGUUAAUCAUUUAAUGAAGCUGAAGUAAUACAUAUGUACUAUAUAUUUGGAAAUAUCUAUUAGUGCAGUGCUUAUAUUCCAUUGAGUUAUAUUUGACAGCUGUGGGUGGUAAAUUUUUUUUUUACCCAUUUUACCAUCUUUUCAACCUAGAAAUGCCCACAUUUUAAUCCAUCCAAGUUUUUAUAGGUAAUUUGAAGUUCAAAUUCCUUAACAUCAUUUUAGAGCCAAAUUUAAAUAUUUUGUUUUAUGAAAAUUACACGGGUUUGUAUGUAAUAGUCAGAGUAGGGAAGUACAAAUAUGUGGAUAUAACUGAUAUUUGGAAUGGUGAAUACCAUACAUGUUUGAUCUGUGUAACAUGCUUUUCUGCACCUUGAGAAUGACCCUUAGGCUCUGACUGCAUAAUGAUCAUCUUAUAUAAUUAAUGCCUUGUUAUUGGUAACGUUUCAGUUUGUAUUUUAUAAAGUUCCUGUGAUAAUUGUGUUCCAAAGAAAUGAGGAUUUACCAAAUUUAUUGCAAAUUUUGGAAGAGUUUAUGAUACUAAUAACACCUCUUAUCCCCACUCUCUUAAAUUUUGCUUUAACCAAUCUUUACAUUUAUGAGUUUGUGAAACCAAAUUUUGAUUGUCUUAGAGAGCUUGAGCAUGCAAAGGAUAUUUUAAGUUCAUGUGAUCUGUUCCAAAUGUUGCUAUACCAGCUUUGCUUUCAAGGAAUAGUUUGAAACCAGACUCGCUACAAUGAAUACCGGGCUGUCUGCUCAGGUGGCCCAUAAGCAUAAUCUGGUUUAAAGAUCUGCUUAUAAAUUAACUUUUUUUUUUUUUUUUUAAAGCAAAUAACCUUUAAAUCAUUAGCAGUUGUAUUCCAUUUAUAUAAAUGAGAGUUGCCUUGGUUCAGUGAAGAUGUGAAGGUUAGUUACCAAGUAAAUCAUUUUAAUGCUGAUGUAUUUUUGUCUUGAAUGACAUCAUGAGUGUGGGAUAUUCCAAUAUAAUUGUCUUCACUUAUUAGAAUAUUUUCUUGUUCAUUUAUGCUAAAUACUGCUUGCUAUCCUUGUUUUUAUAAUUUCUUAAAUUUGCAUAUUCUGAUACUACCCUAUUCAUUAUGUAAUCACUAAGAAUACCCACUUCCAAAAAAAUAUAAGAAAAAAUGCUUAAAACACCCAGUGAUGAUCUCAGAGUGAGCAUUUGUGAUAGUUUAAAAUUUUAAUGCCCUUCUGAGCUCUGAUGUGGCACUAAUAUCACUUAUUUUGAACCCCUUUGGAUCUUUUGUAUUUCUCUCUACCUACUUUUGAUCAUUAUUUAAGAAAGCCAUAUAUUUUUGUGUAUUAUCAUCCUUGAUACAAAUUAAUUGUGCCAUUAUCAUUGUUUAAGUUCACUGACAAACUCGACAGGGGGUUCAGCAUUGGGAAUAUACCUUCACUUAUUCUUCUUUUAACUUCAUUGUAAAUGUCAUAUUGUACAGGUAUGAAAUAAAAUUAUAAAGAAU